AUGCGGAAAAGUAAUGCGGUACCUAUCGGAAUAUCAGUGGAGAAGGCAUCAAUCGAUGAUCAUCGGCAAAGCAAAAAUUCGUUAUUUCAAACCAAAGUUUUUAAACUCCUAUUCACAUCUCCCCCGUUCAAAUGUUAUUUGCGCAUAAUGAGCCAGAAAUUACAUUUCGUCUCAAUAAGUCAAAUUACAUUUCUAUUUGUUGAUCCUUGGGUACCGGGCAUUUUUGAGCCGUUCAAAAGAAAAGUGACAGUGAAAGCGAAUUUAUGUCGUAACAUAGACUCGAAAGUAGGCCUGAAAAGACUCGAAAUUAGGCCUACAAAAAAUCGAAAGGUAAUAAACAAACUAUUCCAGUACAGUUACUGGAUGGAUGCAGCUAUACAAAAGUAA